GAUGUUUGUGAAGAACACCCAAAUUCCGCUAUGCCAAUAGAAAAUUGAAUUCUUAGUCAAACCAUUUUCUCUGGUUUUUCCACACAGAAUCAUUUCUUAAUUACAGAUAUGAAUUCCCCUUCCUUGUCCUUUCCGACCAGCAACCUCUUCUUCUUCUUCUUCUUCUUAUAACCUCGUAUCUCUCUGUCUCUCUGUUUUUCAGCUUCUUUGAUCCUUUUUGUUUCAAUUCCCUUCUGGGUUUUGUUCUUCGAGUUGUUUUGAGAGAUGGGUUUGAGUUCGAAACAGGUUUCGAUCGAUGUAUUUGAUUGGAGCAAGACGCUUACGCCGCCACAGAAACUGUCAAGCGCCGCCGUGAAACGAUCGCACCACCACCAAAAUCCGUCACAAACUGAGCAAUUAAAGUGCCCAAGAUGCGAUUCAACCAACACCAAAUUCUGUUACUACAAUAAUUACAACAAAUCUCAGCCGCGCCAUUUUUGUAGAGCUUGUAAACGUCACUGGACCAAUGGUGGAACUCUCCGAAACGUCCCUGUUGGUGGCGGCCGUAAAAACAAACGCUUAAAAAAAAAACCAAUCCCCAAAUCCUCCUCCUCCGCCAUCGCCUCCGCCGCCGUCGCCGCCGCAGACGGCGUAAUGAUAAACACCCAAUUUUCCCUUCCUCUGUAUCAAGGGCUGAUUUUCCCUCCGCCGCCGCCACCACCGCCGCCGUCGUCGACCAACUGGGUGGAAUGUGAAAACUUCACUACAAAUUACGGAAUUCUCAAUUCCCAAAACGCAGAUUUCUCUGGCGUUUCAACAACAACAGAUCAAGAAUUGAAGGCCAUAGAAACAGAGCAACCCAACAGCACCAGUACACAUCAUCCAUGGCAGCUUCCAACCACCAACUGCAGCGGCGCCGACAUGUCGAACAGCAGCUACUGGAGCUGGGAAGACAUCGACACCUUCGCCACAACGGAUCUCAACAUCCUAUGGGACGACAACCACGACAUCAAACCUUAAAACACAGUAUAUAAUAUAGUUUUUUUUUUUUUUUUUUUUUUGGUAUGUUCUUAUUAAAUUACAUAUGAAAUAGAGUUAAAUCCGUUUGAAAAUUUUAAUGUGAAAUGGAAAAUGAAGGUU